AUGACAGUGGCAAUGACAUCACUUGGUUACAAUGCCAACCAUGUUUCACAGGCCACUCAAUUGCCUGUAUCAGCUUAUUCAGCAUUGAAGUUUGCUUUUAAGAAAUCAAUGUCCAAGUAUCCUUCUGCUCCAGUAGCUGAGCUAUUGGAUACAUGCUAUAACAUUGAAAGAUAUAAAAAUGUGAACCUACCAAAGAUUGUGUUUCAUUUUGGAGGCGAAGCUGAUGUAACGUUACAUCCAUCAGGAAUUGUAUGGAUGUCGAGCAAAAUACAAAUGUGCUUAGGUUUUGCAUCCACAAAUGACUUGACCAUCAUUGGGAAUAAUCAGCAACACGCACUAGAGGUAUUUUAUGACACAGAAGGUGGGAGGAUAGGAUUUGGCAAUGCAGGCCGUUGCGACACUUUAUAUUAA